UCCAGAUUGUUUUGAGAGAUGAGUUGAAUGCUUUGCUAGCUAACAGUUAACCUCCAAUCUCAAAGUUCUUGCAGGGACAUACAGUCUCCAAAAUGCCGAGGCUAGAGGACGGAAGGGUUUCAAGGUCCACCUGUUAAAUGUGUUGACUGGUACCUUACCAUACAGGCAACUGUUAGUACAGGAUGCCAGAGAUGACUGAAACACAGACACCUGGUCGUAAACCCAAAAAGAAGAAAAACAAAGAAUCUCAUAAUGCAGUUGAGAGACACAGAAAAGAGAAGAUUAAUGCUGGGAUUAACCGCAUUGGUAAUCUUCUGCCCUGUUCCCAGGCACUUAAACAGAGUAAGAACAUGAUCUUGGACCAGGCUUUUCGCUACAUCACUGAACUGAAGAAACAAAAUGAUACAAUGCUUCUGGAAGGAGGAGAUAAAGUUCAAGCGGAGGAGAUCCGUCGGCUGCGGCGUCAGUUGGAGGAGCUGAGGAGGGAGAGCGCUCACUACAUUGAGCUCCUCAAAGCCCAUGAUAUUAACCUUCUAGAAGACCCCACUAUUCACUGGAAGGGCAAACAGCGCUGCACCAAGGUGGCAAAGGUGACCCCCACUCACCAACUCCCAAAGGGGAUCAUCGUCUAUUCCAACGGCAAUGUGAUGUGCCCAGCAGGGAAGGAGACUAGCCCAGCGAAACAGCCUUCUGACACAUUAAUUAUUCAGCCACCUUCGGAGGUCAGUGCCAGGCUGAGGGUUAAUGGAGCUCUGCUGCAAGUUAAUACCUCUUCUUCCACCCCUGCACUUCUCCCUGGGUCGACUGCCACACCCACCCAGUCUACGCCAGGCCUGAGAAUGAUAGAGCAGUGUGUGGUCGAGACACCGGCUGCAGCCCCCACUCUGCCACCUUCUGUGUCUUACAUCACCCUCCAGAUCCCUGCAGCCACCACAACCCUGCCCCAGCAACCGCAGUCUGCCGCCCCAGCCCAGACCCUCACCAUAGCAGACACGUCAGCCUCACAACUCUCCAAUGAAAGCCCUGCCGUGUCCAAUCUCACCACACAUACCCAGACUUUAACCAUACCUAGAGCAACAGCCUCAGAGGUUUGCUCUUGGGUCACACAGGAUACUGCUGUCAGAACUGUAAGUUACACUUCUAUCCCUAACAACCAAGCCCUUCUUAGGGCUGGGGCGGCAGGAAGCACACAGACUACCUGGACAACACUGCAGAUGGCAGGGAACACAGUGCAGCCAGUCUGCCAGAGUCUCCCCAUCCCAGAGGUCAUCAACACCACCCAGGCUGUCCAGCAGGUGACUGUGUGUCCAAUGGGCAACAAACCCCCUAUUCAGCCUAUUCAAAUACAGAUGCAACCACAUGUGCCUGUACAGCAAGCACCCAUUACAACCCAUAUCCAAGCACAGCCCUUUCAGAGAACACCCCAGCUACAGCCAGCAAUCCUGAACCAGGCACAGGCUCAGCCUGUCCUUGCCCCCCAACCUCAGUGUGCUGUAAUCCCCCAGUCAGCAAUACUACCCCAGCCAGCUGUGGUGGGCCACCCUACCGUUGUGUCGCAACCCCAGCCUGCUGUUCUUCAACCAGCGUCAUUAGUUCCCCAUCCUCCCGCAGCCCUCAUACCUCAGCAACAGCCUGCCCUGGUACCCCAGCAGCAGGCCACGGUGCUGCCCCUCCUUCAGACUAUGCAGGUGCUGCAGGUCAAACCAACCGGAGGGACAGCCUCAGGUGUAACAGCACCACAGAACACUAACAACCCAAGUGUUGUCAUCCUGCAGCAGGCCAGUACUUGCCCAAACCAGUCAGUUGUAAGGGAAGAAAUAACCAAUCCGACACCCUGUCAGCAUAUUGUAAUCAUCCAGGCACCCAGUCAGACUGCACCUGCCCCUCAGAACCCUCAGGUUGGCAUGGUGCCUGCAGCUGUGCCCACUGCACUACCUGUUGUGUCCACUCAAAUACCCACAACCAGCAAUUCAAUGUCUGCCACUUCCUUACAGAGUGUUGGGGGAAAGCAGCUGGUGCACAUUCUCCCACGACCUGUUCAACCUCAAAUCAACCAUCCCCUUCAGGUGACCCAGGCCUCCGCUUCCCCACAGGUUCCUCCAACCCCACAGACUAUCACUGUGAACGGCCAGGUGUUUGCCUUGCAGCCCAUGAAGACCUCUGACAAACCCAUCUCCCAGGGUGGCCAGAGUACUCUCCAGCUGGUCCAGCCCACCACAACAGAGGAACCAUCUACUAAUGUGGCCCUCAACAGUUUAGGGGCACUCAGCAGUCUUAAUCAGAGCAUCUCUCAGGGCCUACCACUUACCAUUUCUAACCAGAACAACUGUCAGAUUGCAGCUGCUCCGUCAUCAGUAGUCCAGCAGAAGCAACCUCCUGCUCCAGGAUCCGCCCCUGGAACUACACUUGCUCUACCUGCCCGGCAGCUACAGGCUCCUUGUUUGAACCCAGUCAAAUCAGGGCUGGUGGUUAAUGCCUCUAAGCCUUCAGGGAAAAGGCUUCGCACUACAUCGAAUACAAAGAGGGGAACAACUAAAAGGACUAAACCAGCUAAGAAAAAAGAGCUCAGUCAGGCACAGCCUCCUGUUGCUGUUUCAGCCAAGCUGCUGGCUGGUGCAGGUGAAAGUCAGACGGUCCCAAUUCCUGUAUCUCCAGUUUUACAGUCCUCUACUGUAAAAGUCACAGACACUCCUCCCACAGCUAUCACAACCACAGAGUGUAGUGAAUCUAUAGCAAAUAUUACCUCCACACAAAACACUCAGAUAAUGAUAGUGUGUAGUUCAUCUAAUGAGUCAACUGCAUUUAGUCAGUCCCAUCCGCAGAGCAAAAGCUCUGUCAGUGAAAAGCAGACUGAUGUUUUAUUAAGUCAUACUAACACAGGUAGUUUGGCGACUGCAGUUACAACUGCCAGUGCUACGUCAGUCAAGCCAUCAGUUAGUGCAGCUGUGGUCAUUGAGAGUAAACCGGCUGUAGUUUCUGGCAACAGCUCAGCUGUAGCCAAACUCUCAGUUCCAGAAGUUAAACAGGCAACCAUCAGUUUAGCAACUGGCACAACACAAAGUAAGUCAGUUUCCACCACUGCUGUUUCUAGACAGAGCAGAUCUGUGGUCAGUUCUGCAGGUGCCACUGAGAAUCAGUACACUCCCACCACUGUUUCUACUGCAUGUCUGACUUCAGUCUGCUCUAAUAGUAUCACAGCAACAGCACCAGUAUCUUUAAAUCAGGCUACCCAACCAACCUCAGUAUGUCGUCCCCAGGGAUCUAAUACACAAGGUCCUUUGUCCGGUAAUAAACCUGUGUCUCAGCCCACUCGGUCACCCUUGGUUUCCACAACUGUGGCCUUCUCAUCACCUGCUGUGACUUUUUCUGCAGCCCACAGCUCUGUUACAGCCCCUACAAGUUCAGAGUUUAGGAAAAGAGUCACUACCAGCACAGCUCCAACACAGCAGACUGAUGUAAAUAUGCCCAUCCCCUCUCCAUGUCAGCCUGCUGAAGUCAAACCACCCCAGCCCCCUAGAAGAGACACGGAGGCUCAGGAAGAGAGACAUUCCACAGCAGCAGAGAAAGCGGGCUUGGUGGCAGCGACUUCGGACACUCCCUCUAGAAAGGAUUUUGCCCUAUCUCAACAGGUGUACACUAACCUUGACGAUCAAACUAUAGAGCAUCCUAUGACAUCUAGCAGGCAGGCAGAUUCCCCCAUGUCUGCAGGAGCUGGGGGAGGCAGAGGAUUCUCUGUUGCAUCCAUGCUUCCCCAGGGUCACAGUAUUAGUGCGUCAUCUGGCUCCUUUGGAACAUUUACAUUCACCUCUGAGCAGGCAGACAUGCUGGCUUUGGCCAUGCUAGAACAGGACAGUCCAGGAAGGCGGAGUGGAGGCUGCUCUGGGGACAACAGUGCUUCUACAAACCCCACCACAGCCACAUGGGAGCCCUCAAAAACACCACCAGUGUCUAGCAGUAAAGAAAGGGGUUCAGCUGGACAGCAGGCAAAAGUGGCUAAAUCCAUGGACACAGUAACAGUUAAACCAGCUGUCCAGGUAUCUGCCAGAGGACAGGCUGGUGAGGGGUCUGUCAGUGGGACCAGUGGAAGCAGACAUCCACAAAACAUCUCUUACUCCCAGUCUCAGUCUCUUCCCCAGGUCCAGUCUCAGAGCUCAUCCCACAGCGGCACCGUGGCUAGCCUCAGCGUCAACAACCUGAUCAGAGUCAACUCUAAUCAGCAACCCUACCCGGGUUCUCCCAGUCUGGCUGGCCAACAGGGUUCAGUUCCCUCCCCUGUAGGGACCUCAGCCCACAUAUCCCAACCUUCAAACAACACCCGCUCACCUUGCUCAGGUGCGGCGCAGCUGAAUGAGUACACCCCCUCAAAGACUGCAUUAAUGAGGGCUCAGGCUGGAGUUGGUGUGGGUGAGCGACAUGUAAAGAUCAUCUCCAAGCGGCAGGCCCAGGAGGAGGUGAUGCUAAACUCUGGAAAACGACCCAAGCCUUGCCCCCCAUCAGCUAUCACUGUUAGCCAUAUGGAUGUGAAAGCACCAGACCACAGCCAGAUGAUGGUGGGACAGCUGCCCCCCACAUCCUCCGCUAUCAUGACAAGGAUUAAUUCCGAAAGCGGAGGCUUCUCCACAAAUUCUUUCAUGAGCCCGGUAGUUCGCCCCGCAGAUGGCCACUGCCCUCCUCAAGGACCCCCCGAGCAGAACCAGCCAGGGGUGCUUCAUUUACCCCAGGGUCAUCUACAGCAUGCUGCAACACAGCCUGGCCAGCACCUGGGAGGAAACCUUUACAUGAAACAGCAGCAGCAAGAGCAACAGAGACACCACCUGUAUCACUUGCAACACCACCUGACACAGUCUGACCCCGCACAGCGCCACUCACUACACCAGAGGGCGCUUCAGCAGCAGCAGCAGCAGCAGCAGGAGCAGCAGCAGCAUGUGCAGAAGAAGCGGGGACUUGUCAGAGUAAGUCAAACUGGUUCACCUGCUGGCCUGCAACAGAAGCAGCAUCACCUGGAAAAGUCUGGAGUUCAGCAGCAGCAGCACUCACAUCAACAGCAACAGACACAGCAUCAACAGCACACACAGCAGCAGCCACAGCAACACCAACAGUCACACCAACAGCCACAGCAGCAUCAACAGGCAACACAACACCAACAGUCUCAGCACCAACAGCACCAACAGCAGACACACCAACAGCAGCCACAGACGCAGCAUCAACAACAUCAACAUCAACAGCAGCAACAGUUACAGCAGCAGCAGAGCUCCCACUCCAGACACCAGCAGCAUCUGCAGCAGCAGAUCCAGCAGCAGCAGCAGCAGCAACAGCAGCAGCAACAGCAGCAGCACUUUAGACACCAGGAGAAGAGCUGUGAAGCCCAGACAGCAGGAUCCAGGGCCCACCACAGCGGCCACCUGGCCCAGCAGGAGCACCUCAAGCCUGGUCAAGACCACAACGCUAUGCAGAGGAUGAUGAGCUCGAGGACUCUGGAGCAGCAGCUCAUCUCUCCUCCCAGUAAUCCAGUGUCACGGUCGUCUGACCUGGCCUGCGCUCCAUCACGACAGGAACGUCACCGCGUUUCUAACUACUCUGCGGAGGCGCUCAUUGGUAAAAGUUCCACCAGUGGUGAACAGCAACAGCGGAUGGGGCUCCACCUUCAGCCUGGCCGCGGUGCCACACAGGAGCAGCCAGACCUCCGCGGUUACCUGGACUCACCACGAGGGAAGGCCAACAUUGCGCACAACCCACAGAAUCGCCUGCCCUCUGACCAUCCAGGGUCCGCUGAUGUUCAGCGGGUCUCGGAGUGUGUGCCAUUCAAGGCCAUGGGAGGAGGAGCUCAUCAACUCAGUGGUUUUGAGGCUCAGGUGUCUCGUGGGAGUGACAUGGCCUCUAAGUCAGUGCCGUCCUCCCAGAGGGGCCCACAGGGACAGCAGCAGGGUGGGUUCAGGAUGGGUGUUGGUCCCCCAGCAGAUGGCCGUAACCGUGGCGGCUAUAGUGCAGCUCAUCCGAGCUCACAGGGAGUACAGGUUGGACCAGCACUGCCUCGGGAGCAGGACGGUUGUCAUCCGAGUUUCAUGCAAAGUCUCCUUUCUCCUCACCUGCCUGAUCAGAGCAACCACCAGCGGGUGCAGUGCUGUCCCCCAGUCAGCAUGGACUACAGCUGUGUACCUGGGAGCUCUUCAGGAGACAUACAGGCCAAGGCCUCCAGCCCCAGUGUGCCCCAGACGCAGAAGGCCCCGGGUAUGCGGCUUGGUGAGGGCAACAAGGGCCACAUUUCUCAGGUCAGCAGUAAUAUGCAUGGAGGCCCGGGUGUGCGCGCAGGUCUCCCCCAUCCUCCAACCCCACACAGCAGCUCGGAGCCAGGCCGCUCCUCUGCCCCCUCCAGACCACCCACUGCCGUCAGCCAGCACUCUCGCCACAUCGCCCGAGAUACUCAGCCGACCAAGCUGAGACCUGGUGACCGGGCUCGAUCAGGUACUCUGAGACAGAGCAACCCCUUCGAGCCAGAGGGCCACCUGCCGCUGCCCUCGGGAGGAGGGGUGCUGCUGAGCAGACCACAGUCUGGAGGAGAGGCACGGCGCAGCACGAUCGUUCGCUUUAUGGCAGAUAGUGGUCAGGUUCCUACUGACAACAACCUGGUUCCUGACCAACACCUAACGCAAAACUUUAGUUUCCCCUUUAUUCCCGAGGGAGGAAUGAAUCCUCCACCUCCCAUCAAUGCGAACUCCACAUUCAUCCCUCCAGUGAGCCAGCCUAAUGCCUCCCGUACGCCGUCCCUUCUGCCUGUGGAGCCCCAGAACCCUUUACCCUCCUUCUACCCUUCCUAUUCUCCAGCUGCUCACCCCAGCCUUCCAAGCGAUGUCACCCUCCAAUACUUUCCCAACCAAAUGUUUACCAGCCCGAGUGCCGACAAGGGCAGCGCUCCUCCACUCAAUAACCGCUUCGGCUCCAUCCUCUCCCCGCCUCGCCCUGUGGGUUUUGGCCAGGCCAGCUUCCCCUUGCUUCCAGAAAUGCCCCCUAUGCCCAUUGCCAACUCAUCUGGAAUCACCGCUCAUAUAUCCAACUUCAGCUUCAGCUCACUCUUCCCUGAGAUCGCCACAGGCAUGCCCACUGAUGGUUCAGCCAUGCCAAUGUCUCCCCUGCUGUCUCUCUCCAACACCUCGGCUGCCGACUCCGGCAAGCAGCCCAAUCGUCCUGCCCACAACAUCAGCCACAUUCUGGGCCAUGACGGCAGCUCAGCUGUGUGAGGAAAAGGUCCUGUUUGCGUUUUGAUGAGCUGGUGUUGGUGAAGUGAAGUUUCUUUUUCAGUUUGAGAUGUGUUGUCCUUGGUGGUGAAGCACCGGAUGGACGGUUGCUUGGUUAAGAUGAGGCCACGUCUGUCUGGUGGCGUUUUCCGUUUACAUGUUCACACUGUUUCAAUCUCAAAUUUGUUCCCAUUUGGCAUAUGUGUGAUAUCAGGAAGUAAGUUAGAAUUUGUAAUAUUUAAAAAAAUCUUUUGAUUUUUAAGGCGACAGGAAAUGUUGUCAUUUAAAUCUUUGUUUGAAAUGUUGGUUAAACAGACUGUUUAGGUUUAGAACUUUAAUUUAGCAUUCUGUGGUCAUUAAGAAACCUUCUGCACAGUUACCUACCAAUGUAAUUUACUAACUUAUCAGGUUGUACUGUACAGAAUCAGUUUUUUCCCCCCAAGAGCUAUUUUGUAAAUACAAAUGUUUCAUAUCAGAAUUGUUAGACUAUGUAUGUAUUUGUAAAUACAAAAUUGAUUAAUAAAGUUUAUAAGGAGACAUUUGCAUAUGUUGUCAACUGAA